GUCGCACAAAAAGGAAACGUCAAGUUUAUAGUUUCUCUGUAGAGUUUAAAUUGAUAUUUAAAACUCUAUAUCACAAUAUAUAUAUAUCUGAAGUUUUAGGUCAGCUUUUCACUGUAUGUCGCACUUGCUUAUGAUUUAGUACGCUCGUGUUUUGCGUUUGCAGCACCGCUAUAAAAUCACAACAGCAUUGACAGGUUAUUAAUAAUUUAAAAUGUCUGCAGUUCCUCUUCGAAUUCUCUGUAUUCACGGUUAUCGACAGAAUGGAAACUCUUUUAGGGAGAAGACUGGAGCUUUACGCAAACUAUUAAAGAAACAAGUGGAGUUGGUGUUUAUUAGUGCGCCACACCAAGUUCCUGCCAUUCAGGAGGAAAACUGUGGAACCAAUCAGCAAUCUCAAACAGUCAGUGUUGGAGAUGAGGAUCAGAGGGGCUGGUGGUUUUCUGACGUCCAGGCACGAAGUUUUAACGCCAAGCAGGAUUGUGAAAGCAGCCUGGGUCUGGAGGAGAGUAUCGAGGCUGUAAAAGCUGCGCUGAAGGAUCUCGGCCCCUUCAGUGGCAUCCUGGGUUUUAGUCAAGGCGCCGCCCUGGUGGCCAUGCUGUGUGCACUGCAAGAACAAAAACUAGAGCCGGAUUUCAAUUUCCGCUUCGCCAUUCUGGUCGCCGGAUUCCGCAGCGCUUGUUUAGAACAUCAGCGUUUUUACGAAGGCCCAGUGAUAACCAUCCCCUCCCUGCACGUGUUUGGACAGGACGAUCGUGUGAUUCCAGAGGAGAUGAGUCGGGAUCUGUUGCCAGCGUUUGAUGGAGCUCAAGUCCUUCUCCAUCCAGGUGGACACUUUGUUCCGGCCGCGUCCUCGCACAGGCAGACGUAUCAAGACUUCCUCAAGAGAUUUCAGUGAAACAUUGCCUAUAAUAAGUGAGUUAUAGCUAUUAUGAAGUAGCUCAGAGGCCUGUAAGGAAUUUAUAUGCUAUUCUCAGGGAAAUGUUUACUUUAAUAAAGACUGUCAACAAA